UCCAAAUGCCCCAAAAUAAAUCUUCUUUUAGAAGCCAAAUUUUAUUCUUUCUUCCUCCUCGUGUCCUCCGGUCACAGACUCGCAGCCCUCCACCCGCCAAUUUCUUCCUCCGGCAGCCGGCAUCAAGAUUUACAAAAAAUAAGUGCACCAUUCUUCUGAUUCUAGCAAUUGCUUAAUUGUAUUCGUCUCGAUUCUUUAUUGCUUUCGGUAGAAACAAUCUUCCCAAUACAAAUAAAUAGUUUCAGCAAUUCUGAUUGAAAGAUGAACACUUCUCGUCCCUGCAAGAGCUGCAGGAAGAGAACUCUCCUCCCGGAUGAUGUAACAGGCAAUAUGGUCUGUACAUCAUGUGGUGUAGUUCAAGAUUUCGACAAUUUUCAAGCCCAUAUUGGUGGCAUUACCGGCCCUGCUGGCACCUAUGUCCGUGUGGGCACUGCUGGCACUGGCAGUGCUUACAAUUGUAAAGAAAGUAAAAUAUAAGAGGCCCAAAAGUUUAUUGCCAAUUUUAUGUUUAAAUUAGGACUUUCGGGUUCAAAAUCCCAUGAGGUUAAGGUUAUGGUAGAGACAAUUACAACAGGUGAAUAUGGUCAAGGGAAAUGGUUUCCGGUUUUCAUUGGUGCUUGUGCUUAUGUUGUGAUGAGGAUGGAUAAGAAGAUCUUGCCAAUUGAAGAAGUAGUGGAUUUGGUGGGGUGUGAUGUUUAUGAAUUGGGUUGGAUGAUUAACCGAGUUGUGGAUUUUCUUGAUUUGAAGUUGCCGGAGUUUGACAUUGUGAAUUCACUCGAGCAUGUUAUUAGGAAUUAUCCGAUGUUUAAUAAGAUUUGGAGGAUGUGGUUCAGAGGAUGUUGAAGCAAGGGGUGUUUUUGAUGCAAUGUUUGAUCAAGUGGUUCUUGACCACGGGAAAGAGGCCGUGGCGGUGGUGGCUGCAGUUUUAGUUUUUGUUGGGGAGUUGAAUCAAUUAGAUUUGAAGCUUGAAGAUGUGGCAAAGAAGUUACACUUGUCGAUUAUUACCUGUAGGCGUAGGUACAAGGAACUUCUGGAGAGGCUUGUAAAAGUGGCUCGAGCUUUGCCGUGGGGUGAAGAUGUCACAGUGAAGAAUAUUAUGAAGAAUGCUCCAAAUGUGAUUCAGUACAUGGAAAUGAAGUCGAUGAGCCAAUUUGGUUAGAAGGGGAAAAACUUUGAGCAUGUCGAAUUUGAUCUGAUGGAAGUGGUUGCUGACUGUCUGAGCAAAGAAACCGGAUAUGGGUUAGAUAUUUAUACAACUGAGAAUUGCUCCGUGCAGUAUUUUGAGGCAAAUCAUCAGUCACCUCUAAGAAUUGAAUAUCCAGAUAAAUUUCAGAUUUCUCCAGAAUGUUUGACCAUGAUUUAUUUUAAGUUCUUGGAUGAGGUUCCUGCACUCGAGGCUAAAUCAGAAAGGUCCAAGGAUAGCAAAAGGAAGAGAGGAAAAAGUUUUGACCUUCAUUCAUGUACAGAUUGGUGGAAGGGUAAAUCAGAUUUUAGUAAAAAGCUUUUGUUGAAGCAGGUAUUUGAGAAAGAUAUAGGAUUGGAUAUUUCACCACCAUUUUUUGAUAGGGGAUGUUUAGCUUCUGCAAUUAGGCAAGAAAAGAUAAAAGCUUCCAACCUGCGAAUCCAGAAGAUUAUGCAUCCACUUGCAGCUGAUUCCGAUGAUGGGAAUGAUAUUUGUGCCUUCAAACAUAUAAACUCUGGGAAGAAACAAAGGAAAAUGCGAGUGGAUAUUGAUUGGGAAGAUCUCAUCAUUGAAACUCUCCUCCUUCAUAAUGUAAAGGAAGAGGAGAUAGAAAAUGUACACUAUAAUGUUUUGUUGGAUUUGCAUGUUUUUGACUAUGGCAAUUUGUGAUUGGCUUCGACAAGGAGCAGUUUUAUUAAAGCUCGAAAACUGCAUUUUGGCACAUCAAAAUAUGUUGAUGUCUCUUGCCAAGACAGAUUGUCAUCAUGUGGACCUUCUACAAGCAGAAAGAUAUUCUACAUUCUAAAAUCUGGCAGUGUUGUUAAAGCUCAAAAACUGCAUUUUGGUACAUAAAAAUAUGUUUACAUGUUUCUCACCGAGGCAGACUCUCUUCGUGUAAAACUUCUACACGCACAAAGAUAUUUUGUACUCUAAUCAGCCCCUCAAAUUCAUACAACAUUGAUUAUUUUGCAAUAAAGGUAAUUCGACGGCUUCUUGGGUGCAAAAGCUUUAAAUGGGAAUGGUGAUUAUGUGAUUACAGUCUGCGAAAUCUUUGGGAAAAAUGGACUGCAGUAGAUCUGUGGCUACUUCAGUUGACUCUUGUUUCUCGUUCCUGUUGCGCAGCCAUGAUUUGCAUCUUGGCUAUUUCCUCUUUUUAAAUUUGGGUUCUCUUGUCUUUCUAUAUCUGCCUUUGCUAGUGUGAAAAAGGCUAAUGACUUCGAUUUUCAUAAUUUUCCUUCAAUCUACAAUAUAUCACGCCUAUUGGUGAAAUUAGUUUAAUGAGGCUGUUCAGCUAAGGUGCUUGCACGACAUUGUAUUGUAAAAGAAGAAGUUAAUGCUGAUAAAAUAUACACUUAAAAGCCAUAUAACAGAACUCGAAGUGCUAAUUAUGUACUUUUCAAGUGACUGUAAAGCUAAGCGAUUCAUUUAAGGCUGCUUUAAAUUUUGUCACUGAUGUGAUUAUCUGGGAUGAUGUUUAUGUUCUUAAAAGUAAAAUGUAAAAUUACAAUAGCAAAACUAUAUUCUCCGUUGAUUUUAGGAGUUAAUUACUAGUGCCAGUGUCACCUGAUGCCUUUAGAAGUGCAAUCUUCUGGUAUUUAGGAUGCUCAAAAGCUUUCUUGAUAAGGAAAGUAGAAGAGUACUUAUUGUGUUUUGCCAGAAAGUUGAAAUUGUUAAGUUAUUUAUUUGUUGUUCCGAGUGACCUAUGUAAUAGUAGCGAGUGAAAUGGAAAAACCUAUGCGAAAGCAAUUUUUCAAAUUCCUUUUUAAUUUUCCCUUUUUGUAAAUUUUGUUGCAGUC